UAAAAAGCUAUUCAGUUAAACAUUUGAUAACAUUGGUAUUUUAUUUAUUUCCGCAGCAUCGUUUAAGGAUAGAGCUUGUAUUUUAUUCUUGCAAUGGGAAAACGAAUGAUUCUUUAUUGAAAAGAAUUAAAUUUAUUUUCUUAGGAAAAAACGGGGAUGAAAUAUAAAAAGAAUAUUAGUUUUAAAAUUCAGACACGAGACGACUUGGAGCCGCUUUUUACCCUCGACAAAGAAAGCUUUCCAAUGCAUAUCAAAUAUAUAAGCAUUCACGUGCCACAACAUAUUGUAAUUGAAAGGAAUAAACAAAGACGAAAUGUGCUGUGUGUAUGUGGUUUUAUGUUGACUAUGAUUAUCGCUAUUUCGAUAACUGUCAGCGUUGUUAUUCAGAAAACGAACAAUCAUCAUUCACAACUUCUGACCGAUAUUUCUUCAGAGCGAAACAAUGAUACAGGUCAGAUUUCAAACAUUACAAGCAACAGAAGAAGAUAUAUUUCAAAAGGUGCUGAUAAUACCUUUAAAUCGUUAAAGGAUUUUAUCCCAUGCCAAACCACGUGUAGAAAGUAUUCGGCAUUUCGAUUCGAAUCCACAUGUGAAAAAGGAAGAUGUAGGUGUAAAAAUCAAUUUUACGACACCAAUACAUGUUUACCUGUUGUUAACGGGUGUGCUAUUCACAGAACCAAGAGACUGACAAAGCAUAUAUCAAACGAAAAAAGAUCUUCUUUUAGUUGUUACAAAGACAUUGACAAUAAGGACACUGAAAUACACGUCGUAAGCAUGUAUGGUCAGACAGGUCAAGAAAAAUCUUUUCUUCAAUUGAACCUGGCAAAUAAAUCAAGGCGAAAAGAUGUUAUACUAGUUUUAGCAAAUUUUCUGAAAACCGAAUGGAUUUUACAUGUUUCAGAUAUGGUGAAGACGAAUAAAAUUUAUAUUAUAUCAAAUAAGUUUUUAGAGGAAUCAAACAUCAGUAUGAAACAACUCAAUAGCAGUAUUAAUGUGACUAAACUCUACUCGCGAGUAGGAUAUGGUGACGAUCGAUACAACGGUUAUACUGUGGAUUUACUGCAGACUAUUAAUUCAAAUAUUGGACAAAUAACAUCUUUUCAGGGUGCAAAGUAUUUACCAAAAUGGAAAAUAAAUUUAUGACUUCA